AUGUUAGGAUUAUACUUAUCUUCCCUUUUCUUUGCUUUUUUUAUGGCACAAGUGUUUGCUAUCAAGUAUUCAAUUACUUUUACAUCAGAUGACUAUGAAGAGGACCAAACAGAACAAAACAAGUCUAGUUCUUUAGUUUUCCAUUUGGAUAAGAAUUCAUUACCACCAACGUUGCUAAAUCAAAUGGAAUUUAGUCCAUACUUGGUAUUAACGGACCUGUCAGAGCCCUCCCUAGUUUUAAACUCACAAGAGCAAGUUGAUACGGUGCUUGCUUCCAAAUCUGUAAUAGACUUUCUUAUGGAGGAUCCUCUAACAAUAGUGGAGCAUAAAAAGUUUUCACAGAUUGAAAGUAUUUUAUAUGAAAUUAUGGAAGACAGCAUGAAGGAGAAUGAUGGUAGCGAUGAAGUAUUUGAAGAGGCUCCCGAACCGAAAAUAUACGCCUAUAAAGAGGUUGUAGCCACUAACAGCAGCAUUGCUGAUAAUAACGAAAUGCAAGGAAGCACCACAAAAUUGACCAGCACUCUUCCGUAUUUAUAUAGUACGACGAGUAUGGCUGUAUCGACGGGCGUUACUAGUGUUGAAAUAUUUCCAACCAUUGCGCCAGCAAAUAUUACGACUAUUGGAGGAUAUGAAAAUUCAUCCCCCUUCUUAUUGCCUUCAAUGGGAUUCUUAUCCUUUUUGUUUGGUGUAUAUUUGUUACUUUAUCCUUAA